CAGGGCCCGGCGGGGUGGGCUCGUGCGAGCUCUCGGCGUUGGGGGCGGGACUCGGAGCGCGGCGCGGUGAUGUCACGGGUUGUGGGCGGAGCGGGCAGGCGGCGGGUCCUGGCGGCGGCGCGCUAUGGCUAAGACCGUGGCCUAUUUCUAUGACCCGGACGUGGGCAACUUCCAUUACGGAGCAGGACAUCCCAUGAAACCUCAUCGCUUGGCACUGACCCACAGUCUGGUGCUUCACUAUGGGCUCUACAAGAAGAUGAUCGUUUUUAAACCAUACCAGGCAUCCCAGCAUGAUAUGUGUCGCUUCCACUCAGAGGAUUAUAUAGACUUCCUGCAGAGGGUGAGUCCCAACAACAUGCAAGGAUUCACCAAGAGCCUCAAUGCCUUCAAUGUGGGUGAUGACUGCCCAGUGUUCCCGGGCCUUUUCGAAUUUUGCUCUCGCUAUACUGGGGCCUCACUGCAGGGAGCAACGCAACUGAACAACAAGAUCUGUGAUAUUGCAAUAAACUGGGCUGGAGGCCUGCAUCAUGCCAAGAAGUUUGAGGCUUCUGGGUUUUGUUACGUCAAUGACAUAGUAAUCGGCAUUCUGGAGCUGCUCAAGUAUCACCCACGUGUUCUCUACAUUGACAUUGAUAUUCAUCACGGAGAUGGUGUUCAGGAGGCCUUUUACUUGACAGAUCGUGUCAUGACAGUAUCUUUUCACAAAUAUGGGAACUACUUCUUCCCUGGUACAGGUGACAUGUACGAGGUUGGGGCAGAGAGUGGCCGCUAUUAUUGCCUCAAUGUGCCACUGCGGGAUGGCAUUGAUGACCAAAGUUAUAAACACCUCUUCCAGCCAGUCAUUAACCAGGUGGUGGACUACUACCAGCCCACAUGCAUAGUGCUACAGUGCGGUGCUGACUCCCUGGGUUGUGACCGUCUGGGUUGCUUUAACCUCAGUAUAAGAGGACAUGGGGAGUGUGUGGAGUAUGUAAAGAGUUUCAACAUCCCCCUUCUGGUGCUGGGAGGAGGUGGCUAUACUGUUCGUAAUGUGGCACGAUGCUGGACCUAUGAAACGUCGCUGCUUGUGGAUGAAGCAAUUAGUGAGGAACUCCCAUACAGUGAAUACUUCGAGUACUUUGCUCCAGACUUUACCCUCCACCCAGAUGUCAGUACAAGAAUUGAGAACCAGAACUCUAGACAGUACUUGGAUCAAAUCAGACAGACAAUAUUUGAGAAUCUGAAAAUGCUGAACCAUGCUCCCAGUGUCCAGAUCCAUGAUGUUCCUUCUGACCUGCUCAGUUAUGACCGUGCAGACGAGCCUGAUGCAGAGGAGAGAGGCUCUGAGGAGAACUACAACAGGCCUGAGGCUUCUAAUGAGUUCUAUGAUGGUGACCACGAUAAUGAUAAAGAAAGUGAUGUCGAGAUCUGAGGGCUGAGUUGUUGGACUCUGAACUGUGGGUCCCUAUUAAGACGUUGGUGCUUGGUGGAGAUGACUGGGAUACACAUGAGCCAGUAAAAGGUCUCUUUUUGGACCUCCCCUUUAUAUUUGACGCAUGUGGCAGCAGGAGCAGCAUUGCCGGGGCAGGCUGGCUACCUAUGGAGGCACAGAGCAGUGAAACCUGUUCCUUACCCUCUCCAAUCCCUCAGAGCUCUGACUCUCAUCAGUAGGACAAAUGGAAAUUCAUGUGACACUUGGAUCCACACCAUGGUCUCUGUGCUGCUGCCAUACAACCAGUUUCAGAGCCCAGUCUGCAGUGGCUUCACCAGCUCCUCUCAGUACAGCUCAGGCUCCAGCCAGAGAGAUUGGAGUCAGUGCUGCAGUGCCUAGAAUCUCCCUGUCCCCUUCAUCAGCACCACUCAAUGUGUCCUUGUCCCUCUGCUCAGGCAAAAGUCCACUGAAAGCUGCAGUGAGGUACACUUCCUGCCAGCUUUUCCAGCCAUCCGAAGUUCCUGUGUUUGGAGAAACCCAGUAAAGAGGCAAGACCAGUUCUGGGGUUGAGACUGGGGGAAGGGGUGAGACUGGGAAGUUCUGGGUCCAACCUGGUGGAGCAGGGAGGGGAGAAUAUAUUCAGAGUGUAGCCUUUGUCUUACUCCGGAGUAGCUUCAUUCUGUAUCUGCUAACAAGAACCACAGCUAUUUGCCAUAUUUGGUUGUGUCCCAAACUCCCUAUCUAGAUCUUUCCCUGGGGCUCAAAUUACUUUGGAGCAGAGGGUGCAGGGGUUGGUUGCAGGGGUCUGUGCCGUACCAGGUGUGGUGCAUUCCCACUUCCGUUGUAAGCUCCAGACACCUUUCCCUCCCCUAGCCCAGGCUCUUUUACACAUCCAUAGAGAAUUCGGGGUGAAUCACAUACCCUAAGUGGAUGGCCUUUCCCCUCACUGACAACCUGGAAGAAUUCAUUCUGUUCUGUGGUGCGGGAAGUGGCGCCUGUAGCUGAAAAGAUUAACUUUUCUACCCCUACCACAGUGUAGAGACCUUUCUCCUAGGGCUCCCCUCAAUCCCGAACACUGUCUGAGCCUGGGGGCUCGUGCUGUCUGUGUUUGGAGAAUUUUGUCUUAGCUGGGGAGAUGGAAUGGGCAUCAGCCUCCUGCUCUCUGUUCUUUUCUGUUUGUUUUACCAAUGUUUUUAAACAAUAAACGAAGAUGGUAUUUUUCUUA